UGAGCAGGUUUCAUUGUGUAUGGUUAUUGCGGUUAAUAACUUCUCUGAGGGUUAUGAGGCUAUGUUUUAUUAUUUAUUUUUGUUCGGACGCUAGGUCUUCUAGAUUUUUAUAUAAGAUUUUCAACAGAAAAUUAAUUUCAUAUUUCUUGGAAAGUUGAAUGUCUUAUUUGAUGUCGUUUUCUGUCGGAGUAUAAUGCCACAACGUUUUUUCCCUGGUUAAGAUUAAGGUUAUGCAGGAUGCGUUUAAUCGAGACAUGUUUACUUUAUCCGACGUAAAUAAUCCGAGGUUUAAUGGACAUGUGCAAGUUUCCCCUUGUAAAAUCACUGGUGGGAAACGUGAUAGAAAAGGGUGUACGAAAGGAAAAAUCGAAGCUAUUAUGAAAAAUAAUAUAGUCAGAUCGAAGACAUGUGUAACACAAGGUGCGAGUAAAAAACUCCCAUCUCCUUCCGGAGGCAAUCACGUUUAUUACAGUCAAUUAGUCAAGUCUGAGGAUCAACAAGAAGAUCCGUAUACGUUCACCGAACCGGAGCCGCAGUCGCUGAGCCUCUAUCAGCCGGGGAGUUCGAACAAAAAGAUAUCGUCUAACAAAUCGACGAAUAUGGUUUGCCCCGACAAGUUGAAGUUUGAAGCCGGACGGGCCGUCAAAUCUUUCAGGGUUGUCGACCCGGCUUCGAAAAUGAAUAAACUACAAGCGGAUAUCGCUAGAAAUAAAGUUAUCGGGAAAAGAAAGAAACUAGAACAGAUCUCGGUACGAGGGAAAGUCAAUGACAAUUGUCUCAAACGAGAUCCCAACAAAGUAUGUAUUCUGGCGAAAAGGGAAGCGAGGAAGAGUACGUGGCAGAGGGAACGCAACUCCAAGCAUGAAUUGCUCGAAAGGAUAUAUCUAAUUAAAAAUGAUAUUAAAAAGUACUCGAGCGAUCUGUAUCCUCUUGGAUUAGAACUGUCCGACUCUGAUUCUGAUGACUUUGAUGCUGAUCAAUCUAUGUACGAACGUCACUGGUUUUCAAAAAGUGACAUUUUAACGGAUGAAAGUCCAAGAGAAAGAAGGGUUGAGGCUUCACGAGCUCAGAUGCGACGAAGACUUGCUCAAACACUUAAAGGUAUUAAAGUCUCGGAUGAUCCGAGUUCGGGUCUUCUGGCAGCAGUAGUAGCGGCAGCAAGACGAUUUCCAAAUGCAACGGCGACCAUUUUAAACCCAAGCUUAUCAAAAUCACAUUCAAAAAUUCCACUGGGCGCAAAGUUCUUAAUUACCGGAGAAAAGUGUAGUUACUCGGCAGGUUGUAAUUGGCAAGCAUUGCCCUGCACGAGGCACUGCACUCAGCACAUUAUGUACAAUGUGGACCAACGUUUAUUUCAUCACUGUACGGGAAAGGAACUUGACAACGCUCAAUGCAACAUGCCUGUAUUCGAUGUACGGCAUGAUCAUCCUGUCUGCCCCCGACAUGCUGAACCUCUUGAAACUCCAACACAGGGUCACGUUGAUCCAAGGCACAGCAAGAAAAUUAGUAAGAAAAACCGGCUUAUAGGAUUGUCAAAAAAUAGCAAAAGAAAUAACAAAAAGAGAAAAAAAUUGGCGACGCAUUCUCCAGAAAAAGAAACGGUGGCCGAAAAAUCACCGGCUCCUAUACCCAGCGAAAACCUGUAUUCUACAAAUGGCGUACAAGCUUUGAUGGAGUCUGGCAUACAGUCACCGGAAGUACACAUUGAAGGUGAUGUCGUAGAGGAAGUACCUGAAGAAGUGUUGGCAAUUGCAUCUCUCGAUCCUGUUGAACUUGCCAGUCAAGCAACAAGAUUACUUGAAGAGCAUGAUUUAACAAAUGUAUUAAAUCAAAUUUCAACUGAUGCUUUUAAUGAUUUGUUUACUGAUAAAAAUGGGGAAUAUGAGCCUACAAGAGAAGAAACAGAAGAGCUAGAGAGAGCUCUUGAGGCAGUUGACAAUGACGUGAGAUCAUUAGAGCGAAUGACCAGGUCUUUGCCCCUUCUUCAACUUCCUCUACCUUUAGAUACCAUAGGCCUCUUGGAUGAAACUCCGGCUCCAGGAGCUUUUCCACCUUUCCAAAAUGGAUUUCCGCAACCUCCACCUGCUGCUACAGAUAUCCAUAAUUCGUAGCACUAUCAAGGAUAAACAACGAGAACUUGUUACAUGAUUUUGUCAGUCCGAUCGUGUCAAUUCAGAUGACAAACUCAUAAAAUGAUAUUGCUACUGUAUGAAUGUUUGGAUAUGUAUGUGUAUAGUAGGGUGUGUGUAUGUGUAUGAUAAUAUGUAUACAUAUAUAAAAUAGGAUAUAACAAUGUAAACUUUCCAAAAUUUAUGUAGAUCGAUUUCUCAGCCUGUUUAAACGUGUAAGAGAUUAGCUUCAGAUCACUGGUAGAACAUAGCACAUUAAUUUUUAGUGAUAGAUCGUCGGUACUGAUUUAUAAAAUGCACUACUUAUGUUUUGUUGUGGUUGUACAGUUUCUCGUGAACGUUUGGCCCAGAUUCAUACAAGAUGAAAUACUCUUCCCUUGUAGUUAUAGUUCAUCGAACUUUUUACAAAUGAUGUCUAUACAUAAAUGGUCAUUCGCUACCUCAUUCCACAAUGCCUGGAGGUUCAUACGUUUAUUUUAUCAAUAAAUAACUUAUUAUUUUAACUAGAAGUUUAUAAUGUGCAUGCACUUCUAGUUCAAGUGUUGUAAAUAUAUUAUCAGUUACUAAUAAGCUUUAGAGAAAAAAACGUACUCCUUAACUUCACAAGUUGACCACAUGUUAUUAAAAAAAAAAAAAAAAAGAAGGUUGGCUUUUAAGGGUGACUCCUUUGAAAUGUACCUGGUAAAUUUGUUAAAUCAUGUAUUAAAAAAUUAGUUUAAAUUUAAAGUAACUAAAAUUCGACUUUGAAUAAUUAUUGCUAUUUAAUAUGUCUCCAAAAACACAGAAUCACUUCACUCAUUUUCAUUUGUGAAAGGUUCCGGCAUAAUUAAAAGUAUUGGAGGAAGCUCGUAAUUAUUUUAUUUUUUUACAUAGUAAAUCUUUCAUGAAAUAAAAUGUAAUUAUUUCAUCACAAAAAGGUAAUCUUCAUCAUUUUGAUGUAUUGGACUUAUUUUGUUUUAACUGGAAAAAUACAUCAGCAGCAAAGGGCAUGUUACUAAACCAACCAAAAAUACAUAUACAUAAAUUCAAUGUGACAAUAGAACAUUUUAUACUUCAAAUAUUUUUUAUGUGAAGCACAAAUUGUUAUAAAUAAAGAAAUGUCAUGAUAAAGUAAUAUAACGAUUAACUGUUUGGUUAGUUUUAUAAAAUAUUUUUGCCUGAAAAUAUUACGUAAAGAAUGAGAGGGUGUCCCUUUUACUAUAUUUCCAUUUUUAACCAAAACUAAUUUUAGGUCAGGAGAUAUAUUGUAUUUAAAGUUUUAACUAUAAUAAGCUUAAAAUAGGCAGAUAAUGACAUUAGUAUUUUAAGCGUUCAUUAAACUUUGGAAGUAUGGCCGAUGACAGUUAAAUCACUGUGAUUCAUUUUAUAUUUUAUAUAUUUUUCACUACUGUCUUAUCUAUUUUUUAGUGUUGUAUAAAGCUGAUAAUAUGUAACAUUUUCAAGGAAGAUACGAUCAAAAUGCUGAAUUUUAUUUGUUCCUUAUUCGUGAUUACCUUUUAUUUAAUAAAAGGUUGUACAUUUUUUAAUCGAAUUCAUUAUAUUGAUUAUUGGGAUAUAUGUAUGAUGAAUUGUGAAAGUAAUAGAUGUUCCUUUAUUUCCUUCAGCACAUACGAUUUGUUGGGACACAUAAUGAUUGCAUACAAUUUUUUUUAAAUCUUUUUCUUUUCUUUUUAUUAUUAUUAUUUUAUUUUUAUUUUAUUUUUUUUAAUACUAUUGUAUUUUGAAGCUUAUAACAAAAAAGUUGUAUUCCAGGAACUGAUAUUUCCUUGGAAGAAGUUAACUAAGAUAUUCAAUAAUUUUAAAAAGUAGAGAAAAAAUUGUAGUCGAUGUCUUAUGAAUUAUGGUUUAUUCCCAUAUUGGGAGUAUCUAAGGGAUUAUUAUUUGUAUAUGUGAUCUGUAAUAUAAAUUAUUUUUAUAGGAAAUUCAAAGUAAUUAAUCACCUGGAGGGUCUUUUCAUUAAUAAAAUGUGUAAUGUUUGUGUUGCAAGCUAGAAAACUAUUUAUUUGAACUUAACUUUUUUAUAAAUAAAUGCCAACUUAUUGUAAAAAAAAAAAAAAGAGUUAUAUAUACAUAUAAAAUCAUAAACAUUGUCAACAUAAUAUCUCCAAUAGUGUGUACAUUGUUUUACUACUGUCCAAAAUGAGUAAAUACAUAGACAAACUAAUGGCUCUAAAA